UAUCGAGCAAGAAGGAUACGUCGGUUCCUUGGUGGUGACACUCGCGAAAGAAAGGUAUUUUGCUGUCGAUGCCUGGGAAUAUGAUCUGAAGAGGGAGCAGUCGAGCUCGCCAAGCACAUCAUACUCGAUACUGUUUUUGCGACGCAUGCUACUUCUAAUGCUCUGGAUCCCGCUUCAUAAGCUCGUCUCCGACCUUUACAGAUGUGAUUCCACCUCCUGUCCGCUUUGUUUCAAUUGCGACAGGGCAUCAUGCACUUACCUUGGAUCCUACGGCUCAGAGCUGUUCAGAAUGAAUCUGAUUGCAAUGAAGUUCUGGAAGGACUCUCGCGCUCAACUUCGUUCGCCGUCACCUUUGCACAGCUUCCGAGAAGGUUAAUGGUGGUAAUGCGCAGAUACGCUAAAAUUCAGUUAACUGUUCGGUUGCACACAUGCUGGGAUGUUCGGAACUUGCGGUCGGUUUUGCUAUCUCGUCUUCUUGUUGCGUCUGACGAGCUCCAAAACCAGCACGUUAUAACAUCUUCCCUCGCAACUCCGACUUGGAACAUCGUACACCCUGGAAAGCCUUGCCUCUCCUACCUUCUCGAUGAAAGUGUAUCACGAUUUUCGCGACCAUCUCCGCACAAUGGUGACUGGGGCCUUAUCCAAGGCGAACCACGCGCACGGACCAAGGAUGCGAUCACAAGCACGAGUGGGGUCACGGCAUCACGGUACCUACAGCAAGGCCAUGGAUGGUUGAACCCGUCCUGAAAGUGGACUCGACUUCUCCCUGAGCCUAGGAGUGACCUCUCUUUGCCGAACGAAGAAAGCUAGGCGAUUUUGCCUUGGAGGCUUGGCACGGACAGUUUAGCGAGCCUUCCAGAAGGUCACGCAGAGAUACCUUAGGCGACUAUUACUCCCGAAACACCUAUUUCCUGGUUAAAGCGAGCGUCCGGUUGUUAGUACCGUCGUAUGAAGGCACACCUUUGCGAAGAAA